UGACGCGCCGCGGCGUCGCGCGCCGUAGGCAGGCGCUGCUCCCCGGGGUGGCGGCGGGGGCCGCGUCCGCAUCUCCGAGCGCCUCCUCCCGCCCCGCAGCGAUGAUGUCCGCGGCCUCCGGAGACCUGGAGUCGUCGCUGGAGCUGAGCCUGACGGGCAGCGGCGCGCUGCCCCCCGCCCGCUCCCGCAUCUUCAAGAUCAUCGUGAUCGGCGACUCCAACGUGGGCAAAACCUGCCUCACCUACCGCUUCUGCGCCGGCCGCUUCCCGCACCGCACCGAGGCCACCAUCGGCGUCGACUUCCGCGAGAGAGCCGUCACCAUCGACGGCGAGCGCAUCAAGAUCCAGCUAUGGGAUACGGCAGGCCAGGAGCGCUUCAGAAAGAGCAUGGUGCAGCACUAUUACAGGAACGUACAUGCUGUUGUCUUCGUAUAUGAUAUGACAAACAUUGCCAGUUUUCACAGUCUGCCGUCAUGGAUAGAGGAGUGCAAACAACACCUUCUUGCCAACGAUAUCCCACGGAUUCUUGUUGGAAAUAAAUGUGACCUGAGGAGUGCUAUACAGGUACCUACGGACUUGGCCCAGAAGUUUGCUGAUACUCACAGUAUGCCAUUGUUUGAAACCUCUGCCAAAAACCCCAAUGACAAUGACCACGUGGAGGCCAUAUUCAUGACACUGGCUCACAAGCUUAAAAGUCACAAGCCAUUAAUGCUUAGUCAACCCCCAGAUCGGUAUGAAAUACAUAUAAAGCCUGAAACAAAACCUGCCAUGACCUGCUGGUGUUAAAUCAUACUAUUAUCAGCUAUCACCUUGUCUUGUUUGCAAAUGCUUCAAAAUUAUGAUCUUGGCAAGGUUCCAGGUUUUGGUAGCAAUUAUAGUGAAUCUUUUUGGCACUUUAAUGUGUUUUUGUUUUUUUUUUUUUUUUUCCUGGUGUAAAUGUGGCCGUCUCAUGUUCUUGCACUUUGUAAUUGUACUCUCUGAAUUACUGAAGUUUCACUAUAAAUAUACAGGAAAGUUAACUUUCAAGUGAAGUUUUGACAAAGCAAUUCUACUUGAGCUCUUGCUGCCUGAGAUUGUUUUUGUCACUUGUGGUAAGGUUAUAAAUAGUCAGCCGGUUUACUAACAUAUUUGGUUGCUAUUUGCAUUGGAGUUAAUAUAGGAGAAAAGGUGUUUUGUGACAGCCACAUAGCUUGAUUUUUUUUUUUUUUUUGGGUCAGCACAUGGGGAGAUUUUUGGUACAUGAAGGAGUUCUUGGUGACUGCUAGUGAAUUGCUAAGCAAAUACCUUUUUAUUUUAACAACCAAACCCAGGACCGUCAGAUGAAGUUUGGGCUAUCAGUGUAGGUGUAAACUACUAGAUUUUGGCCUGUCAUUCCACUGUAAACUUUGUUUCUUCAUGGCGAUGGUAAGAACUUGUCCCUACCUCUAGACAGUUAUUUGAUACUUAAACUUCAUUAAUUUUUGAUAAUUAGCAUGUAAAACUAAGCUAUGCAUUCCUUCUUAUGGAAAGUACUGUAGAACAGGAUUUGGGGUUAAUAUGCGACUACAACAGUCCUAAACUUCUCUGACCUUCUUGACACUUCAAUGAGGACUUAAUUCCGUAGAUGCUGUAUUGGAGUUGAGUGUCCUAGGAUAAGUAAAAACACUUAAGUAAAUAAAAGAUUGACUGAAGCUGGCAAAAGUGUGCUGGUUUUCAAAGACAGGUGUUUCAGAGGAUUUUCAUGAUGAUUAAUACUUUUCAAAUGUCUUGAAAAAGCUUUUUAUGACCAACUUGCUAAUGUAUUUUAGGGAUGGAAAUGCUUAGGACAGAAUAUUGGGAAUACAGGACUUGA